CUGUUCGUCCCGGGGAGGAAAGGGGCCUUGCUGCGGGGCCCCGGGCGGCGGCGAUAAGGGCUGCGCUGGCGGGGCGGGCGCGGGGCUCCGUCCCGGGGAGGAUGCGGAGGCGGCGGCGGGGACAUGGGCAGCCCGGGCGUCGGCCGGGGGCUGGGGACGCUGCUGCUGGGGCUGCUGGGGCUGCUGGGGCUGCUCCCGAGAGCGGGGAGCCGGGUGAUUGUGGACAGAUCAGUUCCAGACGUCUGUGCAACUUGCCACAUUCAUGCUACGUGUCAUCAAAUUGAAGGAAAAAGUGUCUGCAUCUGUAACUAUGGGUUUGUAGGCAAUGGAAGAACUCACUGCCAAGAUAAAGAUGAAUGCCAAAUUGGAGCCAGCAAGAUCUGUGGAAAUCACACACUGUGUCAUAAUACACAUGGGAGUUUUUACUGUGUUUGCCUUGAUGGAUUCCGAGCCUCCAACAACAACAAGACAUUUAUUCCCAAUGAUGGCACAAACUGUACAGAUAUAGAUGAAUGUGAGCAGUCUGGGCUAUGUGGUCACAAUGCAAGAUGCGUGAAUACUGAAGGAAGCUACAAGUGUUACUGCAAUGAUGGUUAUAAAUUAGAAACUGGAGAGCUUUCUUUUAAUCCAGAUGGGAACACAGUUUCAUGCAAAGAAAUUGGAUGUGGUUCACCUCCCGAAAUGGAACAUGGCUACAUUGUGGGGAACUACAGCUUGCUACCAGGAAGUGCGGUUCAUUAUGAAUGUGAAGAAGGGUUUUAUAGUGACAUGGGAAAGUUCUCAUAUUGCACUGCAAAUGAAACUUGGGAACCUGCCACUUUAAGCUGUAAAGGUGUGGAUUGUGGAGAUCCACCGUCUGUUUUAAAUGCACAUCCAGAAUCUGUAACUGGCACCACAUAUGGAAGUGAAGUUACUUACCAUUGUGUUCAUGGUUACUUUAUUGCAAGCGGCAAUCAGACUGCAGUCUGCCGUGCUAAAGGGCAGUGGGAUCAUACUGAUUUGGUGUGCAAAGAAAUAGACUGUGGCAAACCUUUGCUUAUUCCUCAUGCAGAAAUGAUCUGGGACAACACUACCACUCUACAGAGCAGAGUGUAUUAUCAGUGUAAAGAAGGGUAUUAUUUUAAUGGAGAAAAGAAUUUUUCAGAAUGCACAAUACAUCAGUCAUGGGAGAACAUUACGUACAUAUGCAAAGAGGAGGAAUUACUCAGUAAUGUGUCCAUAUUCAAUGAAACAUGUGUAAAGUGGCAAAGGAAAACUGGAAGACUGGAAGUGCAGGAAACAUACACAUUUCACAUACUGGGCCAAAGGUGGGAUGAGAAGACAUUCUCAGAAGAUGCGAUAUUUAACAUAACUACAAGUGAAGAUAACCCAAAAGUGUGUUUAGAUCUCGACUCUGGCAGUAACUACAUGGUGAAUAUUACUACCAUCUCUUCCACAAACAUCACUGUCUCAGUUACAGUAGCAUUUCAGACAAAGGUAAAAGAAGCUUUCAAUAAUGUAUUAAUUUUUAAUGAUACCUGCUUGAAAUGGAGGAGAAAUGUCAGGAGAACUGAUGUGGAAGACAGAUACUCAUUUCAUGUGCAAGGCCAGCGUUGGUAUCAGGCGGAGUUCUUUCAUGAAAUAAUCUUCAACUUCACGACACACAAGCUGGCUCCAGAAGUUUGUUUUGAUUUGCAGCCAGGCACCAAUUACUCUAUUAAUAUUUCCAUGGUAGCUUUGAAUUUUUCACUGCUCAUUUCCAUGACAACACAGAUCACAGAUCCCCCUUUCCCAGAUGUACAGUUUGUUGCAGUAAAAGGUUCUGCACCCUUGCUCAGACUCCGGACAGUAGAAGAUCGAAAUGGACCAAUCAGCCUUUAUCAAGUGAUUGUGCUUCCUCUGAGUUUGCAAAACACUUUUAGUUGUGACUCCUUUGCUGCUGCAACUUUCUUUAGUAACACCACUGACACUGAAGGAUAUGUGGCUGCUGAAUUUCAGGCAAAGGAUGUUGCUGAUAACAUGUCAAUUGCUCUUGGAGACAGACAUUACUAUGGAAAGUUUUAUAAUGCUCCUUUAAAGCUGGGAGAAGAAUAUUGUGUUCUUUUGAGAAUAAUAAGUGAGUGGAAUAAGGUGAGAACACAGUCCUGUGCUGUUUGGGCACAAAUUAAAAGUUUAGCACCCACUGUGCAAUACAUGACUGCUGUUGGAUUAGGGUCAGUUGCUGCUGUCUGCCUUAUACUAUUCCUGUCAUUCUCAGCGGCACGCUCUUAUCUCCACCGCACAGUGCUCUCCCCACCUGGUGCCUUAGCGUGCGAGGCUGUACAUUUAUCUGCUACAAUGGAUGUGGCACAAACAGGGAUUACAUCAUCAUUCGAGACUGAAAAUGUCUCUCUUCUCUGUUGCGUAAUCCCCUGAUGUCAGCGUAGAGAAAAUGCUUGCCAAAGCCAGCAUCUGUUGGGUAUGGACGUGUCUGCAGGGCACAUAUGUACUCUAGCAUGGGCAGUUGAAAUACGUUUGUUACUGGAAGUGAGAUGUUUUGUCUCCCCUGGUUCCCAGAUGUGUAAUACGUAAAGGAGAACCUUACUUCACAAACAGGUUUGCGUCGCAGACACUAGCAUGCAUCCUGUGUGUUGGCCACAGGCUUUCAGCUAUUCCAGCCACAUGAAUGCCUGAUAAUGAAUGUCUAUAUUGUACUUCAUUACAUGAAUAAUCCUCUGAUCCAGCUGAGACCAUCUGAGGAUCAGCUGCUACUUUAGAUACCUUAGGACAUAUAAGCUGACUCUUUUUUAGAGAAAAUGCAGAUUAACCCUUAUACAGGAUAAAGCGCUUAUUGUGUUUCCAAGUAUAAAGGUAGACUUCCAUCAAUUACUUACAGGUAAUGUACUCCAAUAACAAGUAUAGAGUUGUUAGGCAUGAAAUAGUCGUGUUUAAAUAGUGUCAGUGACAGAUGUAUUCCAGAGAUAUUGCAGUCAUUGAGCAUAGAAAUUUGAUAAUUGCAAAUAAUAUACUAAUCUCUAAAAGUACAGUUUGCCAUCAGGUAGUUUUAAUGACAUGUGAAACUAAAUUAAAUAAGGAGCUACCUGUGUUAAGUGCAGUUUUGUUAGUCUCUGUUCUAUAAUUACAGCCAAGUAAACCAUUAAAUCAUCAUCUGGUUAAUGAGCUGGUAUGUGACAUCUGUUUGGGGUAGCUUAAUAAAGUACAAUGAAACUAUAGCAUACUUCCAGUUAAUAUUUUUGCCUUCUGUAACAAAGAAUCAAAUACCUUUGAUUACUUCAAUUCCUGUUCAGAAGUUGCUUUGAGAUUUAUUAGCAAAAUCAUUCUGCUAACUGGUGAAAUAAAGAAGUUUUUCCUCAGUUUUGUAAUUUAUUCCAAGUUAUGUUUUGUGUUUUACCGUUUUGAAUACAUGGUAACUCUUUUUGGAAUUCUAAGUGUUUCUAAUUCCUGCUGGCUUUAUACUUUUAGGUGUUUUGUCUUUCCACAUUGUUUAAUUUUGGGGUUUUUGAUGUUUAAAAAGGAUAUUUUAAAGUGUAACAGCAGACUUCAUAGUUCCUAGCAGAGAGGAAUUACAAUCAAAGUCACAUGAGAGAGUUUUAACUGGAGCAUCUAACUGAGGGUGCUUUUUUCAGAUCUGGGUAGAUAUUAUUUCUGUUAUCCAUCAUUUUUGCAGCUUACUAAAUCUGCCCUUCAAGUAAGUUUUCAGUAGUUAGUAGCUGAGUAAGAAUACAUUUGUCUACAUUAGUGAUUAAGAGUUGGUAAUGUUUUCCUUCACUGACUGAGAAAGAACAACUUAACUGUUCACACUGGGCUACUUUUAUUUAAUUGUUCAGUUUCUCAUGGAGAAUUUGUUCUCACGCAUUCUGCUCCUAAUUUGCUUUCUCAGUGGAAUAGGUUGCCAAGGUUUGGCAUAGUGGUACAAACCGUACCACCUCAUUUACAUUCGUUCUCCUGCUGCUCUCAUCCUAUGAGAGAGUUCAUGAGCAGCUGUUCCUGAAAAAGUGAGAGCUCAAGAGGCAGGAAAUUAUUUAAAAAGACUGACAUGCCAUCCUUUGUUAAAGAAAACUUCUUCCACCUUUUCUUAGACCAGCUGUGUUCUAGUACAUUAUGCAGGGCUGGGAACAAAAAGUCCAUUUUGCUACUGAAGAUAGUUGGAAAGCUGGAGGCGUUCAUGUAACCUUAAACAAGUAAUUCCUUUUCUCUGUGCCUCUCCUUUACCUAGCUUAUCUUUUCAUAAUGUGAAGUUUUCAGUGCAAAGUUUCUUGUCAUCUAACAUCCACACUUUUGCUGUGACUUACAUAAUGUAUGUAAUAACUCAUUUGGGCAUCUCUGCACAGCAGAGUGGUGCAGUGUAUUAAUACCCAGGAAUGGGCUGAUAAAAGGGGAACAAUGAGGCAGGAUUUCCUGCCAUCUCCAAAACAGUUCUCCGAAACAGCUACAGUCCCGCAAGUUUCCCUCUUUCCUGCUGCCUCCUUUGUCACUCUUGGCAGACUUACCUCUGGCUGCGAGCCUGUCUUCAUAUGUUGUGUACUUAUCUUUCUUCCGUUUACAUCUGUUUCAGUUUAAUGUGGAAGGCACAGCAAAAUAAUUUAGCCUUGCCUCCUCAGAUAAUUAUGCGUUUGCUAGCAGUUUGUUUUUGGAGCCUCUGUCUUUCAGAAACAUUGCUCUAUUGAUUCCUAGCUUUCCAAUUAUAUUUUUAAAUUAUUUUUUAGUGAGAGUAAAAAUUUCAACAGUAGGAAAUUAAGAAUUAUCUAGAAUAGAAAAACGUUUUUAGAAGUUCUGCUCAGAACAACUAUUAUAGGACUGGACAAAAAGAACAACAUGAAAUUAUAGUAGCUGUAUUUACCUUUGGCUGUUAUAGAAAUAAGGUUGUAAAAUGAAGUUAAUCUGGUUUAAGAUUAUUGCUACUGAGGAGCAGUUCUCUGACAUUUCAUUAGCAGGAAAUAUGCUGGAAAGGGCAUAAGACUUCUGAUCAAAUACCUGCUUUCCAAAAACACAAAUACAUCUUAGGAGACAGUAGUUCUGCCAUUCUAAAUGGGGCUUUGAAGUUGGAAGUGUGUGUCUGUAGGGGAGCUUUUCUUACUCCGAUUUACAGUCCUCAUACUCAUGUGUAUGGAGUGCUCUAUUGUCACUGUAUUUUUUAUGUAGUAUCCCGUCAAACUAAUUGUGACAUUGACAUAAUCACACCCUCAUGGUUUGAGAAUUUCUAGACAUUUCUAAUGAUCCUUCGCCACUGUACCUUCCGUUAACAUUGAAACUAUCCUUUUUCUUUCAAUGUUUUUUGCUGUUUCCUCAGAUAUGUGCUCCACACCCAGUCCAAGUAAGGUAAAACGAACCAAAGCUGCUCUGCUUUUGCAGCUGAUCUCUACCUAUUCAUGGUGCUAUAUUGAGAUAUGCUACAUUGAGAAGCUGUUUGGUUUAGAUAUGUACCAAUGUCUGCAUUAUCUCCAAAGUGGGUUUGUCUCUAGAGGAAACAGCAAGUUGUUAGCCUUGGAUAAGCAAUUCUAUAUAAGCUUAUGUUAACCUUUUUUUUUUGUCUUUUAUUCUGUAAUAGUGAGAUAGCAUGCAGGUUGUUAAAAAUCCAGCAUUUAUGCUUGCAAUUGUGAUGAUGUGUCAAAUGAAAACCUUUUUCUUUGAGAAAGGUUUCUUUGAGAUUUCUUUGUUCUGGGUAAGGUGGAGACAGCCAGAAACCAUCCAGGCUUGUUUUGUUUCAGUAUUUAUAGUCUCAAUCAAUUUUUUUGUACAAGGCCAGAUACAUAGGCCAGUAUACUCUUUGUUUCUAUGUGUGAUCUCAGAUUUAAGUGUUGUCAGGCACUAUUCCAGGUCUUGCAGUGUUUUGCAGGGCCACUUCAUAUUCAGCAGAAUGCAGCCAGAAUCCAGUGUGAGCUGGCAGAUUCGUGAUUUCUAACUUUGAUGGAAGUAUUUCUGUUCCUAGUGACAGCAUUUCUAGCAAGUUAUGAAAGUCUCUGAAAAUUGAGCUGUUGCAUUGCUCUCAAGAGCAGAUUUGGUGCCUUCAGAUGACAUUCUGAGACUGAAAUUAAUUGGUGAUCUCCGUGUUGAGCUCUAGUGAAAAGGAACGAAUGUCAGUGGUGCAAAAGCACCUCCACAACUGCAGUUCCUGGCAGCAGGAGAAAUGUCUCUGUGAACAUCACAGACACUUGUUCCUUUUGGUUCUGACAGAGAUGAGGUCUGAGGAGGCAGAGGGUGAUCACAAUAGUUGUGGUAUGUAUACUUCUAUUUUGAGGUUAACAAACCCAAUACCUUUAAUGUAACAAGAAAAGUGGAAGUAGCUCUCAAGUUCUGUUUUUCCUUCUCAUGCCCUCCCUCAAAUGUUUGUGUGUUUUGGUUUUUUUUCCAGAAAUACUGCUUUUCUUCCUACGAUCGCACAGCUGAAUAAGGAAAAGUGAUUUUUUUAUCUUUUUUUCCCCCUACCCUAAUGCAGCACAAUUGAUGUAUUUCAGUUGCUUUUCAUGAUUUAUAUUCCCUGGUGUCCUUAUUGGGUUACAUGUUGUGAAAAACUGUAUACAUUAUAUAUGCAUAAUAUGUAUGUGUGGGUAUGUGUGUAGUUUAUUCUGUUUCUUCUAUUUCCCUUAAGUGAAGAUGUAUUGAGAAUUUCAGAGCAACUGUGGGGAAGUUCAGUUUCUGCCCCCAGGAGUAUUAGAAAUAUUAACAGACUAGGGAGCAACAGAGGAUUGUAGAAAUAAACUCAGUCGUUAAUAGAAGGUAAUUUCCUAAGGCAAGGAUUUUCCAGCUUUUAGCCCAGGAUAUUUUAGCUUGACUUUGAUGACAAUUCGUAACAAAGUCUCUCCUGUACCGACCAUGGAAGAAGUGAAAUGAGGAAAAUAGAUUGGAGUAGUCUGAUGAAGAUGUUUCAACCUAAUGGGCAUAAAUCUGCUAUGCUAAUACACUGGAUAAAACCUAACAUAGCAAGAAUACAGGGGUGGUAUAAGCCAGUUCUCAACUCUCACUUUUAGUCGGGUAAAAUGACCUACUCGGUUUGGCUCUUGGCCAUCAAUAAGCCAGUUCUCAACUCUCACUUUUAGUUGUGUAAAAUGACCUACUCAGUUUGGCUCUUGGCCAUCAAUUAAGAUGUUAGGAAGUUCCAUUUUGUUUUGCAUUCCUGUGAAUUCUGACCCCUUCUAGAUAUAUCCAUAUGGACAUUUGGCCAUACCUUUCCUAUCACCUCGUACAUUCAUUCAGGCACACAAAAACCAGAGCCAAGUGAAUGUGGAACGCCAAGUGAGUAGCAAUUGUAAAUACCUGCUGAGAGGCAGGGAAAUAGUGCUUAAACAGCACUUCUGCAUAUUUGCAGUAUAUCAGCCUCUUACUUUCAAAUAAUAAAAUUACUUUUAUGUGAUUAUGCAGCAUGUUUCAGAUUCGCGACUGGAGUAUUUU